AUGACUACGUUUUUAGUUGAUGAGUCAACAUUUCUUGGUCGUGAUGAGCAUAUUGGUUAUAUAUUGAGUGGUCUAUUGGGUGAGGCUAGUAGCAGUGAUGCCAUAGAAAGAAACCUCCAUGUCAUCUCCCUUAGUGGGCAUGGGAGGUAUUGGGAAAACGACUCUGGCCCAAAUUGCCUACAACCAUCCCAUUGUUGUAAGGUUGUCAUUACAAUAAUUGAAGCUCUUGAUGAUCAUCGUCCCAAUGUUGCUGAAUUUUCAAAUCUGAUGGCAAAGGUUUGUGAAUUGAUUCGGCAAAGUGGCAAGGUUUUUAUUGUCCUCGAUGAUGUCUGGACUGAGGACUUUAAUUUGUGGGAUCCAUUCAGGAUUGCAUUCAAGAAUUGUGCCCCAGGGUGUAGAAUUCUAGUCACCACUCGGAAAAGUAGAGUUGCAGAGAUAAUAGAAAGUGAGACCACGAUCAAUCUAGGGGUGUUGUCUAAGGAAGAUUGUUGGUCAAUUUUUCGUAAUAUUGCUUUUUUUGACUGUGAUUCUAAGGAAUGUGCACACUUGGAAGAACUUGCUAGGUAG